GCUGCCAACAGAAGCCAAGUCAGUGAAUGCUUCAAUCCAGGUUAACAACUUUGCUUUUUUUCAAGUACCCAAAAUGCUUGCAAUGUCUCAACGUAAUUGUAUAAAAUACAACAAUUUCAAAUUGUAGGACAGAUUUUAGAAAGACUCAUGGAAUUUAGCGCAAUUAUUAGUUUUAUCGGGCCUCAUAAUGAUGAGGCAGACAAGAUCUGGCCCAGAGGCCUUGAGUUUGACACCUGUAACCUGGAGUGUUAUUUGCUUGACUUUUUUUGCAUUUGUGAUUCAGGGGUAAGAGGACAAUGACACAACGACGUGUAACAUCAGCAUGAACGGUAACAGUAAUGCAAUUCUCUGAGCUAAAAUAGUAAGUCUAGACUGCAACAGCCUCAACUCAAUUUAUUAUUGUGUUGGACUUAAUAAUAAUAAUUCCAUCUGCUAGAACGUCAAAGAGAUUAUUUUCCUAAUUUAGAUGGGUUGCAACAUAAGAAUAAUUAAAAACAUGUGUCGUAUAAAUACAAUACAAGGAAAACACUUAAAAUACUCACUUUUGGCACGUACUGUAUUUUACGGUUAAUGCAGGUUUCCUCUUAUUGCAUAUUUAUGUCAUUUGUGGGAGGACACUUAUUUAUUUGACAAUCUCUUAGUUAGGUGGGUAGAAUUGUUAUUCGGGGAAAUUAAACAGGUCCUUUUAGGUACACCUGUGCAAUGUAGUGAGGUAUUAAUGCAACAGGUUUCUAUUUUAUAUUUUUUGUUGUGACAAUGACGUUAACUUUUUUUUGCUUCGUGGUCCGUGGGUGUACUUUGUCAAUUGUCUGGAUUUAAAAUUAUGUAUUUACUAAAGGCUGCUCCCAUCUUGGAAUCAAGUUCAACUGCCUGAAGAUAAAACUUUUCCAUUUUAAGUCCAAAGUUGAAUUCUAUCUAAAUAGACAAAACAAAAACACGAUGUACAUUGUUCACAAAGUGCUUUAAAUCCAGUUCUUCACUUAUUAAAUAGAAGCAAAACAUCUCCCGAAGGGUGUUGGUGGUGGAAGAAAAUUGUAGCCAUGUUUGAUAGGGGUCCUUUCGGCUGUAGCCACGCAGCAGCCGGCCCGCCAGUCGGAGGAGGAGGACGCGACGUCAAGACAGCCGCACGCCCGGUGCUCGAGUUCGUCAGACGGCUAGUUGAAACAUCACCACCCGGGCUGUUCAGCACCGGAGGGUUCAGAUGCCCAAUCUUUGCUUUUGCUACAUUCUCAACCGAUUGAACAAUGUGACACCAGAAGGAGGCAGCUGCACUCCCGAUGGUCCACAAUCUCACCUCCCUUGAGUAGAAUGUACUUGAUGAACGCGCCCACUGUCGCAGCGCCUCGCACAGAGUGGAGAGCAUGCGGACCGCCCGGGGGCUAUAGCAUUCCCGUCUGCUUCAAUGACUCGGACGCCGAGUUGUCCGCUCGGGGUUCUUCUAUCUCGAAUAAGGUCCAGAUGAUCAUUGAGAGCCUGAGGAGCAGUCAGUCCUCACCCGAUAUGAGCGAAGAGGUGGUGGCGAAUGCGCUUCAGAGACAGGACGGGCCUCCCCAGGCUUGUAAGGCAGCGUCGGACCCCCUCGCGACAGCCAAGUCCCAGACCAAAAAGCGUCCGGCCGGUGUUCUUUUGAAGGACCGCGACCAGAGCAGCGAUAGCGAUGACUCGGUGGACAAAGGGAUCGAGGAGGCCAUCCUGGAAUACCUGAAGGAGAAAGACGGCCACAAGCGCCAGGCUGAACUUUUUGUUCAGUCGUCCAGGCAAACGGUUCCUGAAGUCAAGUCCGAAAGCCGGGCCUUUUCCAUCAUGAGAAGCCGCUUUCCCAAAAGCGUCAUCCGAGCGACGCCGGCAACGGGACCCGUGAAAAAGUACAUUAAACACAAGGCCUCGCUCCACGAGGCCGCUCUCAGGAACUCCGAGUUGGGGCGCAUCAUGCUGCGAGAUCAGUCGACAAACACCGUCACGCCAAGCGGCCCGGCACGCAAGAUCAAAGGGGAGGACGUUGGCAACGACUCCGGCGGCAGCAGCAGCAGCGACGACGGCAUUGAGGAGGCCAUUCAGAAGUACCAGCUGGAGAGGAUUGAGCAGCAAACGAGGGGGGACCUUUUCAAACCGCUGGCUUCUGUGGAAGAAUCGCACUCCUCCAGCGACGACGGCAUCGAGGAGGCCAUUCGCAGCUAUCAGCUGGAGCAACUCCGAGAGAAGUGCGUCCCCAAACCGCAAGACAAGUCGGGAAGUUCCGGCCUUGACGACGCUAAAAGACACCGACCCCAAAAGAAAAGGAAACGGGCGCAGAAGGCCGCAAAAUUAGUCCAAGCGCCAUCUCCGACUGGCUUGGCCGACUCGCUCGACAUCGAGCGGAGAAGCCAAGGCGACGGUUUGCUCUCCUUCCCAGUCGAAAACCUUGCCGAGCGGCCUACGCCGGCCGUCCCCAAAGCCAAUACCACCGCCGAGCUGAUGUGCGCCGAAGCGAUACUGGACAUCUCCAAAACGGUCAUGCCCGCAGCCUUCGUGUCCCAUCUGGACGUCGGGGCCGGCGCCCUCGCCGGACCGGCGCAACCAUCCGCAACUCCGGAGCGGGACAGCGACGGCGGCGGCUCGGUCGACAGUGAAGAUGGUAUCGAGCAAGAGAUCAUGAAAUUUCUCGAGCAGAAGGCGCAAAUGCUCAAACGUUCACCCGGAGAAGCGAGUCGGGGGAAACCCCCCGGCUUGUCCUUCACAAAGAGGCGGAAAAACAAAGACAAUGCGAGCUCCCGCACGUCCUCGCUCGAUCCGUCUUCCGAACCUCUGAAGGCAAAAAGCCCGCCGGCGGCCUCGCCGAGGUCGCGGGACAAGACGGAGCAAAGCGGAGACAAGAGCAGCUCGCUCGACAGCGACGAGGAUCUCGACGCCGCCAUCAAAGCCCUCCUCAAGACAAAGAAGAAGUCCAAGAAGUUGAGCAGGUCGCAGCGCGAUUCCACAAAGCGCCCGGCGCUGGGAGCGGAACGGUCGCGGCCGUGCGCCAAAACCGCACGCCUUCGCGCCGCGGCCCAGGUGACCGUCUCCAAAAAGGCCCGCAAAAGGAAGAGCCGCUCCAAAGACGCACGGGGAGCGGCCGUGAAGACGGCUUUGCCAAACGCGCCCGUCCAGGAGAGACGACGGGCAAACCGCGGGGGGGCCGAUGCCAUCCGAGGCCUCCCGCCGCCAAUUGCUCAGCAGGUCGAAGGAGAGAGCAGCUCGGUCGAUAGCGACGACAGCAUCGAGCAGGAGAUCCGCAAGUUCCUGGCCGAGAAGGUCUCUGAGGGAACGACGGGGGACGCGCAGGCGCCCGGCAACGGCACCGCCGCCCCCGUGCGACGUGACCUCGAGCGGGAAGAUCAGCCGGCCGAGAUCCCGAGACAAAGCGCCGGACCUGCGGCCGCGACGCCCGACGGCGGCUCGGCGCUCGCUCCGCAGCGCUCCCGCAGCCCCGGCAGCUCGGCCCCAACCGAGCAAAAGCCUCCGACGCCCGGCGGGGCCGACGACGGGCAAAGCGAAAAGGUCCCGGCCGUGGAUCAGUCCGUCAAGUGGCGCCAGAGUUUCGGCCUUCCCGUCGUUGACCCGAAAACCAUCGGCCGAACGCAGUUUCAUAUCAGCUCGUCCAAAACCGGCGCUUCUCUGUCAGCGGCGUCUUGGUGUCAAGGCAAGGCCGGCCAAGUGGAGCGUCCUGCGCCGGCCACCCCCUGGUCUUCCGCGAGACACUCGUGGUCCGCGGCCAAAAGCGCCAGCACCCCCGCCACGACCCCCGCUUUCAACCCCUUCUCCGUCGCGGUUCCCGCCGGGAGGCACCGGGGCGCCGCCAGCACGGUGCACGUGCCGCGGGACAAGAGCGUCUUUGUGGAGCUGGAGUCGGGUCGGACCAACCACGUCCAGGUGCAGAGCGGGCAGAGCGAUGAGGGAAAGGCCAGUGCAGACCGGGGCGCGGCGGCCGCACACGCUGGACUCCAAGGAGCCCAGGAGGAGUUUAUAGACCAGUCAGAGGGUGAGAGUCCAGAGAAGAAGCGCAGCACUUUGUCCCUGUCGUACGCCAUCGACCCCGGCAUCGUCGUUCAGCCGUGCAUCGCGCUUUCCACGGAAGAGCGCAGAAGCAUGUUCCAGAGGAGAUAUCGAAAAGAGACCACCAAGUUGCUAAACGUGAAAAGAAAGCUGCAGUUUGUUCCGACCCACAGGAAGCUCACCGAAAGCAGAGUGCUCUUUAUCCGUUGAAUGCAUUGGGGUGAUGUUAAAGGUUGGUUUCAUUUCCAAAUGAAUGUUGCGGUUGCACAUUUGAAGCCGUUGGUCCGUGGGGGGAUGAGAAUUUUCUGUCUUGGUGUUACUCUUUCCUCCGUUUGGAACGUGACCCUUCCAUCCACGUUGCUGCCUUGUUGUGUGUUGCCUUUGGAUGGUUUGGCUUGUCUCUUGUUGAUCAUCCAUCUGUUGCUCUUAUAGGACAGAACCAAUGUUUGUUUCUUGACCCAAUUUUUCACCCCAAAUUACUCACACACAAAAAUCACCAAAUAUAUCAAUAAAUAUUUCCUUUGCGGCUGUGAUGAAAAGCGCACUGCUUCGUUUUUGAGAGUUGCCCGGGUGUCCUCAGAUCAAUAAACGCCACCCCGCGAAUAUAACAUACCUCCGUUGUUACAGCCAGGAAGUGGGGGCUGACUUGACCCCGACCGUGUGCCAACUAGUAUCUGUAAAGCCGCCAUUUAUUGAACCCAAAUCAUUUGUGAUUGUAAAAAUGGGUCAUGAACAGUUUGGAACAAAAUGCUAUUGUCAUAUAUUGGCUAAUUACAUACACGUCACAGUGUUCAUUCCAUUUAACAAGUAUAUGACGAAUGCAAAUGAAUAGAAAUAUAUUAUUGAACUAUAACUUCUAAUUGUGGACGGGGUUCGUGGACACCCUUUUUUUUAAAUUCCAAAAAUGUCUAAAUGUGAUUCCCCCUGGACGCUAUGAUAUGACAUACAAUCAUGUUUACUGUUUUACACGAAGUUUAUUACACUUCCUAUAAAAGUAAGCGAUUACUGUAUUUAGCAACGGCGAGAGAAUAGAACGCUUAAAAAAAGAACGAGGCGAAAGCGUUCAAAAACA